AUGACUGAGAUUAAUUUUUGCCCAGAAUGCAAUAAUAUUCUCUAUGCAAAGGCUGACACACGCAAACAGCAGCUGAGAUACUUUUGUCGGCAGUGUGACUUCUCCAGAGUCUCAGAUUCUAAUAGUUCCUCCGAUAAUUGUAUAUAUCGCACCAGCUACCACUUUAGCGGAAAGGAGGACAUCUUUGUUUCGCCUCAGGUUGUUAAGGAUCCCACUCUUGGGAGGACGACCCGUUGGAAGUGCCUGAAGUGCGGACAUCAGAAGGCAGUGUUCUUUCAGCUGCCUGAAAGAGUCACUGACGACGCCAUGAUGCUCGUUUUCGUCUGCACCAACCCCGGGUGCGGCUACUAUUCUAAGCAGCUCCACGACGACGGCAAGGUUGAACUGACCAACGAGUUUGGCAACUUCGACAAGUCCAAGUUCCAGCAAAUUGACCGCAAGAGGGAGAGGCCUCUCGAUUUAGAGGAUGUCCAGGAAAAUGAGAUGGAGUCGUUUUUUUAA